GCCUGCAUCCCCCCGGCGGCAGCAUGAGCGCGGCGCCCUGAGCUGCGGGGCCGGCGGAGCGGGGCUCGCCCCUUUCCCCCCCUCCCCAGCCCCUCAGCGGAGCGGGACCCGCCGCCACUUCCCUGGCUCCUCCCAUGGCAUGAGCCCGCGCUCUCCUCCCGCCCCCCCCCUCCGCCGCCUGCUUUCGGUCUUUCUCCCUCCCCGGGCCGGCAGAUGGGAUAAGGUGCCUUGCUGCCACCCCCCCGUGCCGUACCGGAGCGGGGGGCCCGGCCCGAGGCCAGCCGUGACCGCCGGUUCGGCUCGCCCGGAGGCGAAGAUGAACCCGCGGCGGGGCCGGCGGCCCCCGCCCGGCGGCUCCUCGGUGCUGCUGCUGCUGCUGUGGCACUGCUGGCUCUGGCCGGCCGGAGCCGACAACGCCAGCCAGGCGUACUACACCGCCCUCAUCAACGUGACGGUGCUGAGCCCCGAGCGGGGCGGCCCCACGCUGCUCAGGAUCGACCGCGGCCGCUACGGGCAGGAUUCCCCCAAGGUGGAGGUCAAGGGCCUGCUGGUGGCUCCCGUGCCCAUCAACGGAGUUGCAGAUCGCCUGGGCUGUGACCCUCGAACACGUUUCCAAGUUCCACCAAACACCAAGCAGUGGAUUGCUUUACUACAGCGAGGAAACUGUACAUUUAGAGAGAAAAUACUGCGAGCAGCUUCACAUAAUGCUACAGCUGUGGUCAUUUACAACAAUAUAUCCAGUGAAGAACCUGUCACAAUGACUCAUCAAGGAACUGGAGACAUUGUUGCUGUCAUGAUUACAGAAUCAAAGGUUAAGGAGAUCCUGAAUUAUUUGGAAAAGAACAUCUCUGUCCUGAUGGCAAUAGCAGUGGGAUCCCGUGUUCCUCCAAAAAACUUCAGUCGGGGCUCUCUAGUCUUUGUGUCAAUAUCUUUCAUUGUUUUGAUGAUAAUUUCUUCGGCAUGGUUAAUAUUUUACUUCAUCCAGAAGAUCAGGUACACAAGUGCACGUGAUAGGAAUCAGCGUCGUCUUGGAGAUGCUGCCAAGAAAGCCAUUGGUAAAUUGACAACCAGGACAGUAAAGAAGGGUGAUAAGGAAACAGACCCAGACUUUGAUCAUUGUGCUGUCUGCAUCGAGAGUUACAAGCAGAACGAUGUUGUUCGCAUUUUACCGUGCAAGCAUGUUUUCCACAAAGCCUGUGUGGAUCCGUGGCUUAAUGAGCACUGUACGUGCCCGAUGUGUAAACUGAACAUUUUGAAGGCCCUGGGAAUUGUGCCAAAUGUGCCGUGUACAGAUAACGUGGCCUUUGACAUGGAAAGGCUCACCAGAAGCCAGCCAGCUAACAGACGAUCAGCGCUGGGCGAUUUUGCCAACGACAGCUCUCUCAGCCUGGAGCCCCUGCGCACCUCUGGGAUGUCACAGCUUCCACAGGACGGAGAGCUAACUCCAAGGUCAGGAGAGAUCAACAUCGCUGUGACAAGCAGCCACUUCUUUCAUCGCAAUUCUCUGUCCCCGCGAAGUCUGGUCUACGAGAGCGAAUUCUCAACAAUCGAGCCCGCUUUGGACAUGUAUGACGAGAACAAAACCUGAAAGGAAUCCAUAUUCCUUCUUGGCCCUUUUUCCGUUGUUUUCAUUUCUCAUUCCUAUUGUUGUGUACUCUUUCCAUGGAUCUCCUUUGUCUGAAGAAGAGCUGCUUUUUCCAGAACACAAGCCCGCCUUCUAGAUCGCAGAGAUGAAGACCAGCUGCGGUGGUUUCUAAGGGUGGCUUCUCUGACCGUGCACAAGCAAGGUUGUCUGAUGGAAAUGGCUGAGUAACAGCAUGGGGAGCUGUGUCGGCCCAGCCGCGGCGAUGCAGAGGAGGCUUUGCGGUGGUCCUAAGAGUUUGUUUUGUACUGCGAAUGCGUCUCUUAAAUAGGCGUCUGCUGUUUCCAUUUUUUAAUCGUCCGGAUAGUAGGGCAGCGUCAGUAAGGGAACUAGUUGCAGAGGAGAUGGCCAGUGACUGGUAAAAGCACUCCGUAUAUCUCGGUCAAUCCAUAACCUUACUGUGAAACAUCCCCUUCCGAGAGGGACCUUUACAAGUGCAUUGAGUUUCCUACAACCCGCUCAGCCCUGGGCAAUAGCAAGCCAGUCUGACGUUAAAGCUGCAGAGAGGCCCUGCAUUUGCAGAAAGAUUUCAAGGAACUUGAUGCUUCCAUUUUUUUCUCCAUUUCUAUUGAAGCAGGAGGAAAGUGGCCUAACAGAAUAUAUUUUUGGUCCUUCCAUGUGCUCCAGUCAAGUGAGUCUCUUUCUAUAGAGAUGACAUUGACAGAACCAGCACUUGAUCUACCUGAAAAUCAUUAGACUUCUUGAAAUAUGCAGGAAUCUAAUUAGCUGUCUUUCUCGCUUAACUUUUUUGGGGGGGAGGUUAAAAAAUCCACCAAACUUUUCACUAAGAUUUUUAAAAGCCAUCGUGUUGGCAUCACACAGAGAAGCAAAGAGGUAAGCUUCUUAUCCCAUUCUCCCAUUGAGAUCUGCAACAGUUAAAUAACAAACACGUUCUCUAAGCCGUGCCCCUUCCCACUGCCAUCAAUAAUGUGAAUGCAGAAAGCAGAAGAAUAAAGGAAAGCAGCAACCGCUUUGAGACUCAGCAGGAAAAUCCAUUUUUACCAGAGUGUGCCAGAAGCAAUGGGGAAAUGAAGAUUGUUUUCAAGCUUCUGAAAAGUAACACGGAGAUGGACAGUGUGAGGGAGAACCUCUGGAGUUCAGUCCGUGGUGCUCCCCAGGUGAGCAGACACGGAGAAGCGAGAGCUGCUGCUCCACCGUUUCCUCCUGGACGAUGUGUUGCUGUUUAAUGGAUGUUAACAUUUUCUCCAUUGCAGUCUAAGUUACUGUAGAUGUAGAAAUGCAUUUGUGUCCUUGUAAUGUGAAACACAGCUUCACUCUGUAUAGGAAACUUGAGAAAUCAGUAAGCCAAAAAGAAAGGUAAGACAUACCCUUCCGUGCUUUAAUUCUGUUAGCUUUUGCUAGAAGCGGGGGAAAUUCCCCUGCUUUGUUUUUUCUUUUUAUUGUGUAAGUCUGCUUGACAUAUAUCCUUACUUGAAGUGUGGUUCAGCUGUGUCUUUUACACAGAUGUUGAAGAGAAAAAGAAAAGCCCAGCUCUGUAAAAUGAGGAAACGAUCCUACUUGCAGAACAUGCCUUGACUUCUGUUGCUGUGCAUCGGCUUUAUUUAAUCUGAUAAUUCAAGAACAGGCAGUGUGAAGUUUAGAGAGCUUUUUCUCGUAAAACCCACAUUUCCAUUUACCACAUGCACUUUUAUUGCGAUUCAGCUAACCCUAGAAAUACGCUUACACCCUAAGCUUUUUUGGAGCACAGCUUUAACACCUGCUUUCCCCUGCCAAGCAGCGAGUCUGUGUGAAGGCAGCAGGAAGCGGCAGCCUGGUUCUUGCCCUGGGGCAGGUCGGUUGCUUUUCUUGCCCCUGGCCUGGGCAUAGCCCCCGGUGGCACCCGGCACACGUACGCUGAGACACGGCAGGCAGCAGCUGAGCAAGCCCAGCUUCCAUCAUUGCAUCUGCCAGGUGGCGGCGGGCAGGGAGCUUCCGAAAACAAGCACCCGAAAGAAAAAUCACUGUCGCUCGAGGGUGUUACAGGGCUUGUUUGUGGUCGGGUUACAGAAAGCUGUACGCGAGUGUUUACGGUUAAAUCAAGUAGCACCGGCUGGGGAUGCCAGCGGGUUGUGCCACAGCUCCCAACGUGGAGCUGCUGGAGUGGAGUUUUUGUGGGAUGGGAUGCUGGAGGCACGGGAGCUCCCAGCAAGUCCUGGGCCAGCCGGCUGCAGGGGGUUCCCAAGACCAAGAGGACUUCCCCACGGUACGUUUUUCCCAGGAAGAAGUGCGCCCGAGAGAUGCCUCCCGGCCUCGUGCCGCACGGCAGGGUAUUUUCAGUCCUAGCUUUACCAUCAGCACCCCAGCAAGCAGAGGAAGACAAGGCAGAAACCCACCCAUGCUGCUCUGAGGGGACUUUUGGGGAAGCACCAUCGACCCUGCGAGGUGAGCUGCGUGCUGGCACCCAUGGGUGCUGCCAACCAGCGGCGCUGCUGGGCUGCCUGGGGACAUCUCCACAAGCCUCCAACCGCCAGAGGUGUGGGCACGGAAAGUCUCCCCCCUCGCUGCUUCCUGUUUUGCUUUGCUUUGGUCGGCGUGGGGUGGUUUGGUGGUUUGGUUCAUUUGUUUGAACAGAACUGGCUGGCCAUUUCGCACCCGCUGUGUGUCAGAGUCGCGGAGGACAGCCAGAAAGCUGAUGGAAAUCAAAAUAAGCGUUAGCAAAUGCAAAGCCCCAAAAGGCAAAUGAAUAAAUAAUGCCAUCCAUGUUCUGUUAAAUCUGCUUAUUUCCAAACUAGGUAACUUUUAAUGGCAGCAGGGGCAAGGUUUGCCUCUGAUCGGGACGCUUGGGGUCUGGCACAGGAAUCUAAAGCCGGGUUAGUGCUGGAGUGGAGUCAGUGAGCGGAGAGGCAGCAGGAGCUGACGAUCAGAACUGAUGUUCUGGAUUUGGAAAAUCUUGCAGCACUGGAAACGUUAAAAGCCAGUUCGAGCAAUUGAUCCCUCCGCGCGUGCUGGGACAGGCCGUACCAGGCACUCUUGUACUUAGUCAUAGUUAGGAUGGGAAAGAGGCAGCACAGCAGCAUGGGUGAUUUUUUGGGGCUGUGCUGCUAACUCUGAGGUUUUCCUUUUAAUAUUAAUCAGUAUAUAAAAAAUAAAGAAAGCUUGAUGAGCAACGUUGUUCUUGUUCUGCUGCAGUGGUGCUGUGUACGGUCGAGUCAUUUCAUAGAAGUCAGAUAUACGGCAAUCUACCAAGAACUGUAGGUGUCAGUAACUUGGAAGAUGAUUUUUAAGGAUAAAAAAAAAAAUGUUUUUAUCAGAUAACAUUAAUUUUAUGACUUCUACAUACAAAAAAUGCUUUUAUCUCAAAGUAUUUCCCUAAGCUGUCUAAACCCUAGCACCUCACCUUCCCUUUCCCCACCCCACAUCUCCUGUUUUACGAAAGUUUUGCAUGUUCCCAUAAGACAUUUGUAAAAUCGAGGUUUGCUUGUGUUCUUAGAGGAUAACCAACAGUAAAAAAAAAAAAAAAAAAGACUGUAAGUGUGCUUUUUACUUAUAAUGCUACCAUUAAAUAUUACAUUUGAAGCAUGAUAAAAUUUACUUAAUGCCAUUUACGAUUACUCCCCACAGUAAGCUCACGUGCUGGUGCCUGUUUGCACUGCCCCCCCCUUGCUUCUAGGAUGCUUGCCUUGGCACGCGGGGAUGAUUUAGGAAUAGCCGGAUAUCCUACAUAAGCCAAAGAAGGACACGGUAGUUAAAUAAAUCUGUUUAGGACCAUCCUGCGAGACUUGUGCACAUCUGUUCUGUUUGAAGACGCUGAUGUGAAGCAGUGUGAAGGCCUGGCAGAGCCGAGGCUUGGUCGUAACCGCAGGAGGAUGGGGGGCACCGGAGCUGAGCUGACACUUAGGGCAGCUCUGCGGCACGGUUAGCGGGGCGUGAAUUGACCAAGCUGUUAAAAAUACAGAAAUAUGUUGCUUAGCUAAUAGCCAUCUGGUUUUACAACGAAGAAAGUCACACAGCACCGCACGCGCUGAGGGAUGAGUACGGGAGCCGCCGUGCUGCUCCCAGCCCGGAGGUCCCCAGCAGCACCCUGAGCUUCACCGGUGAUGCUUUGGCUCCUUUUCCACCCCCCGUUGCACAUCCACGUGUGGCCUAAUUUUCUGACUCUAGCCAUGCAGAAGAGCGCGUGCUGUGCCGUGACAGCUUGCAUAUGUGUUGUUAUAUUUAAAAAUACCUUCGCUGCUUUUCUUUCACUGCCAGGCUUGCUGCACUGCAGAGCGCAGCUGCGAGGGCAGGCUGGGCUCCGGCUGAGCAGGGGAGGUUUGGGGAGGGGAAGGUGUUCCAGUUAACUGGGCUGGGGGGGAUGUCAGGAGGGAGACAGGCUUCUUAAGGCUACUGCACAUUUCUGCUUUGCUUCAAUUAUCUCGGAAAUAAUUAAGAAAAGUGUGGUGCCCCCCUCCCAUAUCUGCCUACAGAGAUGUGCGGAUGAAUGGAGGGGGACCCUUGGGUUGUGCAGUGACAGCUGGAUGUUUAUUGUUUGUACAACAAUAACAUCCAUGGUUUCCAGGUGUGUGGGACAAAGUGUUGCCCAGACAUAGUCCCUUCCCCAAAGAGUUAUAAUUAAGUAUAAAUAUUCCUGCAAAGUCAGAAGUGCAUAUAGGGGUUUGUUAAACGUUGGAGCUGUUCAGAGUGAUUUCGUUGCAAGGCUGAGGUGUAACUUGAGUUAGUGUCGCACAGCUGGGGUGGGGAUCUCACAGCCCAAAAACCUGCUAGGAGACAUCACCUGUCUCCCAAAAUCCCUCCCCAGGAGGCCCAGUGGCCCCUGCAGCAGUGCCUGCGGUGAGCUGUGAGCUUCCCACAGCAGUGUCCUCAGGGGCAAGCAGCUUUUGACUCUGCCCUGGGGUUGGCACUGCACCUUGCUCUGCUGCACUAUUUGCCUUUUUUGCUGCUUGUGACAUGCUCCAGGGCUUGGCAUCCCCCCAAGAGGGCAAACCCCAUCCGUUCCAGCUGGUGGCCAGGGUUGCUCUCACUGUGCCUGGGUCUGCGACCCUCUGUCCCAGGCAGUACAGGCUGUAAGAGCCCUGCCUGUGCUGGCCUGGGGGAGCCGUGCAGCAAACGCAGCUUGGCACAGCUCCCAUGCCCCACAGGACAUUUUGGGGUUCAAAACACAGUUGAUGCUCUGUGGUGCUCUAAAACCAGCCACAUUUAACCUUGGUGUCUUUGGGGCCAUUACAGCAAAGCUAAAAUGCUUUCAGAACUGUGCUGGUGAAGUUAGGAACGGUUCAGAUUUGAGAGGUCUGGCUAAGGAGUUUGUUGUAACUAAGAGAACAUUCCUGUGGACGAAGAGCUAGCUGUGAUUGCUUCCAGCCCCCACUGACACUCGAUGUGCCACUCCAGGCUCCACCUUGAGCCAGCUCUCUGUAUUGCCAAACCCAGCAGUUAACCACCUACCGAAGGAGUCUAGCCCUCCCAAGGGCGGACACCAGGCUAACACUGGAAUGAUUUUUACCUCCCCUCUCCCCUUUCUUUGAAGCAGUACCAAAGCAAGGUCUCUGCAGAUGCAGGGUAGAGACCAGGGGAGCAGAAGGGGAGAUGCUGCCCGGACGCUCUCUCCCUGUGGUCACAGUGAACAAAGUUUGUCUGACCUGUCCUAAACUGUACUUGUGGUGUUACGCACGCAGAGUCCUGAUAUGCUUUGUCAGAGCCUCGCAUGUCCUGGGCAGUGUCUGCCCUCGCGAUGGGAUACUCAGCGAAGGGCACCGUGUGCCAGUGCUGCCUGGCUGGCCCAAACCUGUGCUUGUGCUGCAAGGUGCUGCAGGAAGAAAAGCCCACAUCCGCAGGUAGAUGUUUUCCACCCCGUAUUUCUAGACUGAAAUCUCAGGGCUGGUAGGAGCUGUCGCACUAGUCCUGUAAAUGGGAGACGGUGACAGCAGCUCUGCUCAGCCAGUCAGACCUGCCACAGUCUCCCAAGUAGCUGUAAAGCACUAAAAGCCUCUCUGUAGGACUGUGUCUAUUUGGGAUCACCCAUUUGAGUCCAUGGCUAACUACACACAGCAUCCACUAAAACAGGGUCAUUUUAUUCUAGCAGCAGAGAGGGUUUGGGACUGCCUUUGGGACUGGGGCACUAUAGUGAACAGAAAAAAACAACACACAAUUUGCGUGUGUGUAAAACAAAAAGUCUAAUCCAGCUGGCUUGAUGCAAGGCGGCACGACACGGUGUGAACACAACCUGAAAACGGCAGCAGCUGCCACAGGUCCGGCAGCACGACGCCGUGCUGACCGUCACAUCGCUCGGGCUCUUGCGAGAGGGUAGCUUGACAGCCGCGGGACUUGGUGACAUAUUUCAAUGUAAGUAUAACACUGUAUCGUAGUUACGUGGUAUAUGCCGAUUAUGUUAAUAGUGUAUACCUAUUAGUUAGGGUUUGCUAAUGUACUACAUUUCAAUAAAAAGCAAUUUAAAAGUA